AUGGACUGUACGGUGGGUACAAGCAGCGCGCUGCACAAGCUGUCGAAGGGCGAAACCGUCACCAUCACUGCAACAGAGAAUCCACUCGGCGCUUCGGGCACCUGUGAGUUUCUGACCCCCAGUCAAACCGCGACGCAGGUGCAGUCUGGCGCAGCAGGAACACAAACAUCACCACAACGACAUUCAUCUCCGGCGAAUUCUCAGCAAGAAGACAGUGCGGCAGGCGGCAGUGCGGGGAAUGGGGCCUCCACUGCUACUGCGGGGCAGUCGGGCACACCGGGUCCCACCGGAAGUCAGGAACCAUCGACAGAAGGUCCUCGGGAAACUACAACGCCAUCGGCUGGCACUGCGGCUUCGCCAACUGCCGCGGCAGACAGGGCGGCAGAUGGAACCACCACCACGACGAUGGUCACCACGCGCAGCCCGAGUGCCGGGAGCCACGAGGAUCGCGGUGCCACCUCCACUCUGUUUUUGCGUGCACAGCUGCUGCUGCUGCUCACGGCUGUCCUUGCCUGCGCUGCUGGGCAGUGGUGA